GCAUCUUGCUAUCUUGCUCUGCAUGUAUGUUUCCCAGGCUAGUUGGCCUUGCUAACCAGAUUGCAACUUUCUUUCCAGGGACUGUGCCACUAGAGCAAGAGAAAAGAAACAUAUCUUGGACACGCAAGGCUUCUCAUCCCCCUUUCCUGGGAAGAGUCCAGUGUGGUGUGGUGGUUAAGAGUGGUAGUCUCGUAAUCUGGGGAACCGGGUUCGCAUCUCCGCUCCUCCACAUGCAGCUGCUGGGUGAUCUUGGGCUUGUCACACUUCUUUGAAGUCUCUCAGCCCCACUCACCUCACAGAGUGUUUGUUGUGGGGGAGGAAGAGACUCCUUAAAGGGAGUGAAAGGCGGGAUAUCAAAUCCAAACUCUUCUUCUUCUUCUUCUUCCAAAAGAGUCCCAAGACAGGAGCUUUCUGUUCAUGCUCAGGGGAACUCAUGGGGCAGGACUCUUGAAGAGGAGAAAGGGGAGGGAACUGGAAGGGGAAUAUAUGCUCUGUGAACUCGUGCUUGUUUGUGAGUUAUCCCACUUGCUCCUUCUACCAGCCCGGAUGGUAGAAAUAAAGCUUUUUCUCCGAAACUAUUUCUUGAGUGUCUGUUGACUCCCAUUUCCCUCUCCCGGGUGCAUUACUUUUUCCCACCCGAGGGCAAAGCCUCAUAAGGCUACAAUCCAUUCUCGGAUCCAGCACAAACAUGCAGCUUCAUAAUAAGUUCUCAAAUCAGGGAGCCCAAACUUACCUCUUUCUUUCUUAUCUGUUUCUUAUCUGUUAAUAAUUUGUAUUUAAUAAGUGGCUUUCUGCCUUGCCAUAUAAAUUUUGUCAAGUCCGAUUUCCAUUUGUUGAAGCUUUCUACUUUGCCUAUUAUGGGAAUCAUUUGAAACAGAAACAGUAAUUUUGGUAAGAGAUUCAUUUUUAUUACUGAUAUUCUGCCCCAUUAUGUUAAUUUCAGUUUUGUCCAAAUUUCCAUAUCACUUUUUACUGCAGUCCAUUUUUUUUGUAAUUAUCCUCAAAUAGAUUUAUAUUUUUCAUUGUAAUCUCUAUUCCCAAGCAUUUGACUUUUUUUACUAUUUCUAGGCCGAAUUUUCUUACUAUUUCUGUUUUCUCCUGAUUUCCUGUAUCUAUUCCUUUUGUGACAUGUAUUUUAGAUUGUAAGUCUGAGGGCAGGGACUGUCUUAUUGACAUAUGUAAGCCAUUCUGGGAGUCUUUUUGGCUGAAGAGUAAAACAAUGAUUUAAAUAAUUUAUAAAUUAUAACAUUAAAACUGGUUUGCAGAAAGCUGAAGCAAAGUAGCUGAAAAAAUAGGUUUUGUGUGUUUUUGUGCACCAAAAUGAGCUUGAAAAAAAUGAAAUAAUAAAUGUUUCUAUUUCUCUCCAAUAACAGAAAAUAGUCUCCCAACCCAAAAGCCUAUGGUUUUACAAAAUCUAUAGCAACUUGGCUUUUCAUAUUUACUCUUUCUCAUUUGCAAUUGAAGUGUAGAUUGUUUUAAUUCAAGAUGGAUGAAACAGACUUCUAAAAUCUGGUUAAUUGGUACAGCAAACUGCACUUGCCUAUUUACAAAUAUUUCAAACGUGCCAGGUAAUUUUUAUAACUGUAUCAAAAUAUUAACUUUAAAACUGUUCAAGUAUACAUUUUUUAUCAAAUCUAAAAUUCUCUUUUGCAAUAGGUGAUUCCUUGAUAGCUCUGGAUUAUCAACUUCUGGCUUGCUUUGUGGGAACAAAAGACAGUACCAGAAAAUGCGCUACCCCCAACAGAUACAAACUACAGUACUAGCAGUAUGAAGUAGAAAUGAAAGAGGGUUAUGCAAGGAUUCUCAAAAAGCAGCGGAAAAGAUAGCAAACAGCAGUCAACCUCACAAGUGUCCAGGAAAAAUGGCUGAGGAAAAGAUAACGAACUGGAAACUAUACCAAUUCUAUUUCUUAAAAGUACUAUGCUAAGACAAGGCCUACUGGGGAAAGCAAGAUAUAUAGAAAGCAGCACUAUCUGGACUGUAUACUGCUUUCAUAAAUAGCAUACUGCCUUGAUUCAAAGAACAAAAUCAACACAGUAGAGACAAAUUCCCAUAGGUGGAUCAACUAUACCAGAUUUUCAAAAUCUUACUGGAUGGGAGGGAAAGACCACAUCUAGUAAUCAGUAUCACACAGAGAACCUCAUGCACAUUUCCAUGCGGAAAACUUUCUGCAAAUUUAUGUGCACAGCCUUCUUUUUAAAGCUGCUUACUCAGUCUCUAGAGUCUGAGCAUCCAGCCACUUGUUCAGUAUCUGUUGGUGAACUGUUUUCUCCACCAGGGAAAUGCAUAAUAAAAUAUUUUUAAAGAGGAAGGACAACACGGAACAGUUCAAAGAUCUUUCAUGCUUUCACUUCACUUUUUAUACAUGCCUGAUUUUGUAUAGCUCUUUCAAAAGAUACCUGCAGUCCUGAAACUACUAUAUACUCAGUUCCACUGACCUAAAAAGGAUUGCUCUUCUCAUAAAAAGAAUUUAAGAAUUAUAACCUAAGAUAUGGUUAGGUUACCAGAUUUCUCUCAAUGAAUCUGGGGACACUUUUUUUUUUUUUUUUAAAGCUGAGUAGCAACAGGGAAUCAGUAGUGGGGCAAUGGCAUGCCGCCUGCCCAUGACUCCCAAGCCUUCCCUGAUCUCCUGCCCCCUUCCCCCUUUGUUUUGACAGAUCAGGGGAGGUGCAGGAGUUGCGGGCAGGCAGCUGUUGCCCAGUUUUUAAAAAACUGAGCACUUAUGUUUUGUAGGGUGCAAAAGAAGGCCUUUGCACCUUGCCUGGCAGAGAAACCAUGCGCCUUUAGCCCCUCCUGGAAAACGGCGGUCUGCCCGCGACUCCUGAG